GAAAUCUUAAAACUGCACAUUACGGAAGCAGUCAAUUCGGAUUGUGAUCAAACCGAGGCAACUUAAAACACCUCACUGCUGAUUAAAAAGCAAAAUAAAAGUACUACUACUACUACUACUACUACUACACUUGUAAACCAAGCACAACAGCAUCGGAAGGAGAAAGAGAGGGAGAAAAAACCAGCUUGCCUAUUGGUCUUCCAUUUUCCAAGAAAACAUCAAAUUUAAGGCAGCAAGCUGGUGAAGUUGUUUUCUAUUGCGGGGAGAGAAGAAGACGAGUGGGUUUUCUACUAUCCUUAGUAGGAGGAUAUGGCACAGGACGAUGUUAAUUGCUGUGAGUCGAAGUUUUUUCUGUUCUUAGCAAUAAUUGUGGGAUUGGUGCUAUUUGCUGGGCUCAUGGCUGGUCUCACCCUUGGCCUUAUGUCACUGGGACUCGUCGACCUCGAAGUUCUUAGUAAAUCUGGACGCCCCCAAGAUCGUAUCCACGCCUCUAAAAUACUUCCAGUGGUAAAAAAUCAACACCUAUUGCUUUGUACUCUCUUGAUCGGCAACUCUUUAGCUAUGGAGUCUCUUCCUAUUUUGUUGGACAAGCUUGUACCUCCAUGGGCAGCAAUUCUAAUAUCUGUAACACUCAUCCUCAUGUUUGGAGAGAUACUUCCUCAAGCAAUCUGCACUCGUUAUGGAUUGACUGUUGGGGCAACAGUGGCACCCUUUGUCCAUCUUCUUCUGUGGAUAUUCUUCCCUGUUGCUUAUCCAAUCAGUAAGGUACUGGACCGGAUGUUGGGGAAAGGGCAUGCUGCCCUUUUACGCAGAGCAGAGCUUAAAACAUUUGUGGAUUUUCAUGAAAAAGAGGCUGGAAAAGGUGGUGAUUUGACACAUGAUGAGACAACAAUAAUUGCUGGGGCGCUUGAAUUGACUCAGAAGACCGCAAGAGAUGCCAUGACCCCCAUAUCAAAGGCAUUUUCUCUUGAUCUGGAUGGAACACUCAAUUUGGAGACACUUAAUGCUAUAAUGACUAUGGGCCAUAGUAGAGUUCCUGUUUAUUACAGAGAUCCGACUAAUAUUAUUGGUCUUAUAUUGGUAAAAAAUCUUUUAGCUGUUGACCCAGAAGAUUCAGUUCCUUUGAGGAAAAUGACAAUCAGAAAAAUUCCUCGGGUUGCAGAAAACAUGCCUCUAUAUGAUAUAUUGAAUGAGUUUCAGCAGGGCCACAGCCACAUUGCCGUUGUGUAUGAAGAUCUCAACAAGACAAAAGAGACGCCAAAGAAAACUAAAGAUCCUGACACUGCUGCAGUUAAAUCUGACUCAGUUGAUGCUUCCUUGAGCAAGGGAGGUGCAGAUCAAGCGAAGAAGAAAAGUCCUCCUCCUACUCCUGCUUUUAAGAAGAGACACAGGGGUUGUUCAUUUUGCAUUUUGGAUUUGGAAAAUACUCCAAUCCCUGAGUUCCCACCCAAUCAUGCGGUGCUAGGUGUAAUUACCAUGGAAGAUGUCAUCGAGGAGCUUCUUCAGGAGGAGAUAUUGGAUGAAACUGACGAGUAUGUAAACAUUCACAACAGGAUUAAGAUUAAUAUGAAUGCGUCGCAGGAAAAGCUUCCCGAAUUAAAUGCUAUAGAGUCUUCUCGUUCACAUACUGCCUCAGAGGUUCCUGGUCCUCACAGCGAUCAGCCGGUCUAUGCCAGAACUUCACGAUAACAGGCCCUCCAGUUACCACACUGUACCACUGUUAAAGUGUUCAAGAGAGCUUCGUUUAGCCGUCCUCAUUGUUCACUGUACAAUCGUUAGGCUUUGCGUCUGAUACUCCAAGGGAUCAAUUGUAUCAUAUUGUUGUAACUUACAAACAAAUGUUAUACUUCUACUUCUGAAAAAAGCAAUAUAUUUCAUCAUAGAAGUUUGAUCAAAUUUGGACAUAAGAAGAGUGCGAGCUGUGUAUUCCACCGCCCAGUUUACUUUUUCCCAUAUGUUGUGGAAAAUUACAUAUCUAGAUAAUGAAUUAAGUCCUUUAGGUUGUGAUAAGGAUUUUCUUCUGUUAUUGGUGAGUUAAAGAUUUGUGGUU